GAGGUGUUCGUCGGUCUCGCUCGUUCCGGUGGGCCGGUCGAGGUGGCCAGGGUGGCUUUCGAGGGGGGGAGGUUGUCUUUGCAGACUCUGGCUUCCAUCCCGACUCGAGGACGGAUCGGCACGCUUUGCGCGUACGUGUGGAACGGCAACGUCUUCCUCCUCCUGGGCUAUGGAGACCUGGAGAAAUCCGAACUCUACAGCCUGUGGCCGGGCGACUGGUCCCCCCGCUUCCGCCAGGAGCUGAGCGGGCUCGGCUCGCCUUCGGACUGCCGCUUCUUCGCGAUGGGGAAGAGGCUCGCUCUCGCCGUCGCCUAUGAGUCGCUCAAGAUCGCCGCGUCUCCGCGCUCCUUUCGCGCGCGGACUGUGUGAGUCGGUCUGACGCUCGUUCCAUUGCGUGCUGUCGGUUUUUCGAUUGGAGCUAAUGU